AUGGCCGCUGUUCGUUUUGCUCCUACAGAAGAGGAAAUUUUUGAAAGGUUUUUGUUCCCAAGGCUGGCAGGAGAUGAACAUGCGUUGCAGAACUCUCCUAUACGCUUCUUUGAACUCUACAACCAAGAUCCCGUCACUGCUGCGUUUCCACCACAACAUUUCUUCUUAGCUAACAACCACUACUUCUUCGUUAGUCGUGUCCCAGUAAAGCCGGCUUCUUUGAAACCAAGCCGAGUAAUUGCCAACUUAGUGUCUCCAGGAAGAUGGAAGACCGUGGGUAAGGCCAAGCAAGUUAAACGUGGGAACACAAUAAUACUUGGACAAAGGAACACUCUUGACUUUGUGACUGUGGAAGGGAGAGGACAGGGUGGCGACAAUAUGAGUACGAAAGGAUCCUAG